GCGCACUGCUUUCGGUCGGAAGGAGGCGGUGCUUUCACACUGACCGGCGGACACUGAAUCGUAGAAGAAGAAGGCGGCGAUAACGGCCCCGAGCCCGCCUAACUGACGCACUUAUUCGGCUUCUAGCGCGGCGGAGUAAUAGUUAACCGUGCCGGACUUUGCGCUUCGUGCUCGCUGCUGUACAAGGUUUGUGUUUGUAGUGCUCAUUUCAGAUGUUGCCUCGUGCGCGCCGCUGUCUAGUUCCCUCGAGGAUGAACGUUUUCUCCCCCAAAGCGUCUACAGGCUUGUAAGAAAAAGUACAUUUCUAGAAAUGGCGGACGUGGUCGUGAAGAGGUUCGUGCAGAUGUGUAAUUAUCUCCAGGACCCCUGCCAUGUAGCGCGGUUUCAACAUCUCUGCGGGGUCAGGGGCACGUUUCCGGAGAAACGGACCAAGCCGGACAGCGGAAGUCCGGAGCCGGACCGUCCCGGACUGAGGAGGAGGACGCAGAGCUCAGAUGACGGAGCUGGGUCUGGACAUGGAGGAGAUGCCGGCGUGCCGCAGGUUAACGGACUGCAGGGCGACGAUCCCAGCAAGCCGGAUGCUCUAGACGGAACCGCCAGAGCCAAGCCCCUCCGGAGGAACUCCCUGACCGGGGAUGUGGGUCAGGAGUUCCUGAUCCACAACAAGAUCCUCUUCUACCUGUUCACGUUUGGGACCGAGCUGGGCAACGAGAUGUUCUUCAUCAUCUUCUUCCCCUUCCUCCUGUGGAACAUUGAUGCCCUGGUGAGCAGGAGGCUCAUCGUGGUAUGGGCCUGGAACCUGUUUGUGGGACAGUCCACCAAAGACAUGGUCCGCUGGUCCCGGCCGGCGUCCCCCCCUGUGGUGAAGGUGGAGGUCUUCUACAACACCGAGUACAGCAUGCCCUCCACUCACGCCAUGACAGGGACGGCCAUCCCCUUCUGCCUCUUCAUGCUGACCUACGGACGAUGGCAGUACCCCUUCCUCCUGGGCUUCAGCGUGGCUCUGAGCUGGAGCGUCUUGGUCUGCGUGAGCCGAGUCUACAUGGGCAUGCACUCUAUUCUGGAAGUGAUCACCGGCUUCCUGUACAGCCUUCUGGUUCUCGCCUUCUUCUGUCCCAUCUUGCACAAGAUUGAUGGCUACUACAUGACGGGACAGCUCGCGCCGCUCGUGGUCAUCGUGUCGCACGUCAGCCUGGGACUCGUGGCCUUCUCUCUGGAUUCGUGGAGCACCUCUCGGGGCGACACGGCUCAAGCUCUGGGCACGGCGGCGGGCGCUGCGCUGGCCUCCCACAUGAACUACCAGCUGGGGCUGCUGACAGACCCACCGCUGUCCUCGCUUCCUCUCAGUCUGCCGGCCCUCAGCGCCGGCUUGGUGCUGCGCUCGCUGCUGCGUUUCCUCAUCGGAGUCGCCGUCCUGCUCCUCACCAGGAUGAUUAUGAAGGCAGUGACCAUCCCCUUCCUGUGCCGGUUGUUUGGGUUUCCGGCGGACGACGUCAGACAAGCCCGGCAGCAGAUGCGAGUGGAGCUGCCGUAUCGUUACAUUGUCUACGGCGUCGUGGGCUUCAGUUGUGUGUUCUUCGUGCCUCAACUCUUUAGCAUCUUCAACCUAGCAUAAGUCUCGUCUUCCUGAAGACUACUUUUGAUAAACAGACAGUUCAGUUUUUGCAUGAUCACAGUGGAAUCAUACCUUAAAUGGGACGCAUCAAUCUGUGCAUUUUCUUUGCCAAAGCCUGUCAAGUUUUAGAAAACAUCUUCCGCACAACAGAGGUGGUGAUAUGACUACACUAAAGUAUUACGUUAAUGCAGGACUGAAAACGGCGCCAUUCCGACGUUCUUUCACUGUUUGUUUUAUCAGCUCAUCUGCUAAAAGGAGAAGACUCCAGCUGUAUCAGGAAAGAAAGAAUGUGCAGUAUUUUCAUGUAAAAGAGGAAACGUGGCAGUCAAAGGUGUUAUCUGUUCAAACGUUUAGAAAAAAAGCGCAAAAUAGGAUAAAACAAACACAAAAUACAGCAUUGCUGCAAGGUCAAACAGACGCUGGAUCUCAGACUCUACAGGUAAACACAAGUACAGUAAUGCAUGUUUGGAAGCUUCUCAUUUAUCUGUAAAGUUGCAUCUCAACAUUUCUGAAACGUCAAAACCAAACUACAGAAAAAGACAAAAACCUGGAUCCCCGCUGUCAUUGCAGGGAUGUUUUGCCAUUUGUUUUGCACAAACUGGGACCUGAGAAUGUUGUAGUCCCGGAUAUGAAGUUUUAACCAAAGUAAUGUUUGUGUCAAAUGUGUCCGACAGUCGAAGAGGGUCAAGAGUUACGGCAGAGAGAGCUGAAAAGACCUAACCUACAUUGUGUGGCAGGACUUGAAGAAAACGUGCAUAUACUCACAUGGAAGUGUGGAGGACAGUUUAAGCAGCAAAUACAAAACCUUGGCUUGAAUUUAUUAACUGGACAUUUUUUUGUUCAUCAAAAUACACUUUUUGUGCUACAAGUUUCAGACUGAAUAACCACUAAUCAUCUUGCAUUUGUAUUUAAACAGUCAGGUGUCAGAGUAACUUAAAAGAAAGAUCUGUUCUUGUUUGUUUUUACACUCUCAGCAUUAUUCUGUCUUAUUCCAGGUUGGCUGCACUCUGAAAUUGUAUUGUGAACAAAGAGAUUUAAAGAAAAACAAUUAUAUUUGAUAAAUUAUUGUUUUGCUGUAAUUAUUUUUUGAUCUAAACCAUUGCUAGAGACAAUAUUCCGAUACUGUAAAUGAUUUAUUCUUACUAUGAAUCCUGCAAUCAUUUGUACUCCUGGAAAUGUCAAAUCUCCUAGACGUCUGUGAUUACAGUGACUGUGAUUUAUGUUUCAGUAUUGAUUAUAUUAAACUCAGAACACCCACACUCCUUUUUGGGGUCAAAA